AAGUAACUGCAAACAUUUUUCACAAAUGUAAGCUUCUUUCACCAUCUACCAACCACUGAACCACCUCAAGACUAAUGCAGACAUACACGUAAACAUAUACUUCAUUUCAGAUGCUUACACUUAUAUUUGCAGAUAAUGAUGUUUCUUACUAGGGUUUAUCCUCUUUGAGAAGUUGCAUAAUCACAAUUCACAGCUCUCUUCUUGCUUCUUUCUUUCUUCCUUCACUGUCCACUAGUCCCUACUUCAUCUCUCUCUCUCUCUCUCUCUCUCCUGCUUCCAAUGUUUAUGUGUACUUUGAGGUGAUUAGCUGCAAGUCUGCAUCAAAGAAGAGUAAAAAUGUCUGGUGAAAAACAUGGGUUUUUCAACAUUGAGCUAUCGAAGAGGACCUCAAUCUUCAACUUGCCCUUGUGGGUUGUAGUGGGAAUUUGCUUUGGCGCUUCAGUUGUUCUUGUUCUCUUCUUGAUUUCACUUUGGUUUACUUCAAGGCGCAGCAAAAAGAUUCAAACUUUACCCAAAUUAAAGAGCCCUUCUUCUGUUAAAACCCCUGUUGUAAUCCCAAAUGUGACCAAAGAAAUUCAAGAAAUCAGAACCGACUCUUCAAGAAACACCGACCCAUUACCGGAAUCAGGUCAGUUAGUUAAAGUAGAAAGGCAAGGUUUGAGUGAGAAUGAGAAAAAUAAUAACGGGCCUGAGAGAAUUCACAUAAAAAUUGGGAAGGAUCAUAGGAUUUCGUAUCCGGAUUGCGGAGGAAGCUCUGGUGGAGAGGUGAAAUCCGGUGAUCAGAUGGGAAUUGUGGUGCCUGAAGUGUCACAUUUGGGGUGGGGGCAUUGGUAUACAUUGAGGGAGCUUGAGGUUGCUACUAAUUGGUUUGCUGAUGAGAAUGUGAUUGGGGAAGGUGGUUAUGGGAUUGUUUAUAGUGGAAUCUUGGUGGAUAACACGAAAGUUGCUGUUAAGAAUUUGCUCAAUAACAGGGGGCAAGCUGAGAAAGAGUUUAAGGUUGAAGUCGAAGCAAUUGGACGUGUUCGACAUAAAAAUUUAGUGAGAUUGCUCGGAUAUUGUGCAGAAGGAGCUUCCAGAGUCCUUGUUUAUGAGUAUGUAGACAAUGGAAACUUGGAACAGUGGCUUCAUGGUGAUGUAGGACCUUCCAGUCCCCUAACUUGGGCUAUCCGUAUGAACAUUGUACUGGGAACAGCAAAAGGGUUGACUUAUCUACACGAGGGGCUUGAACCAAAAGUUGUUCACCGUGAUAUAAAGUCAAGCAACAUUUUGCUUGAUAAGCAGUGGAAUCCUAAAGUAUCUGACUUUGGUCUAGCUAAGCUCUUGGGGUCGGAGAGGAGUUACGUGACUACUCGUGUUAUGGGAACAUUUGGGUACGUUGCUCCAGAAUAUGCCAGUACUGGGAUGUUAAAUGAGAGAAGUGAUGUUUAUAGUUUUGGUAUUCUACUUAUGGAGAUCAUUACUGGGAGGAACCCUGUGGAUUAUAGCCGUCCAGAAGGGGAGGUAAACCUAGUUGAUUGGCUGAAAUCGAUGGUCACAAACCGGAAUGCAGAGGGAGUUCUGGAUCCUAAAUUACCUGAGAAGCCUUCUUCAAGAGCAUUGAAGCGUGCCCUCUUAGUAGCUUUACGCUGUGUGGAUCCAAAUGCUCAGAAGAGACCAAAGAUGGGUAAUGUUAUACAUAUGCUUGAAGCUGACGAUUUCACCUUCCGAGAGGACAGGAGAGCUGGACGGGAGCAUGUACAUUCACAUCGAGAUCGCAUAAGGGAGAAGUUGGAGAAUCGUUUGAUUGAAUCAGGUGACAGUAGUGGGUAUGAAAGUAGUGUUCAAACCAACAGGUCAGUGCAAAGCAAGCAUGAAUUUUGAGCCGUAGCCACACUUUAAGCUUGAACACUUUGUUCUCCUCCCACUUCCGUCAUCAUCUACUCCAAGACCUAGGUACAAAAAAUCCAACUGUUUGUAUCUCUAUGUUGCAAUAGUUUCCAUCACAACAUUUCGUGUUGAAUGUGUUUGUAUUUUACUUCCAUGAUCUAGUUGAGUGUCUAAUUUUGAUCA